UGCGUUAGUCGCGUGUUAUGUGUUUAUUGUUUUCGUUUUAGUAAAGUUACCUGUUGCUGCCCAGAAGAAGAAGAAGAGAGGAAGUGGGUUGUUCAGUGGAUCUGAUCCUAAUAGAACAGCGCCAAACUCAACCACAGAAGAACACGCACAGAGAGAAGAACCAUACCUUUGAACGAUAUGUAGAAUAUCCUGACUAUAGCAAUCGAGUAACCCUUUUCUCGAGAGAGAGAGAGGACAUUCUAAUGCAGCGCAAACGCAAACUGCAAUUACUAUGCAAUGAUGCAAAAGCAUCAAAAGAGAGAGAGAGAGAGGGAGGGAGAGGGGCGAAGUAAAUGAAUGUUCCGAAGUGAAGAAGAACAGACAAAAAAAGAAAACAAAAAACAAUCAAUCAUACAUACUAACGAAUCAUAAGCGAAAACAACAAAACAAAACAAACCAACCCAUUAUUGUCGCAUUUUGGAAAUUAUUGUAUUGUACUGUAGUAGUGAGUUUAGUAGUGUUGCUCGGCUGCUGUAUAAAGGCAGCAACUCCCUUUUUUAGCAAGCCGCAUUAGCAUGUAGAGUGUCCUCAAUCGCUAACGGAAACAGUAUAAUAGCAGUUAAAGUAAUGUAAAAAGAGAUGGUAUAGAAUUACUAUCACCACCCCCCCCCCCCUCCCCCCGAAUUUUGCACUUACAUAGCCGAGAUAAAAUAGUAGUAUAAAACGUUUGAGUUACUGCGAAGCGGAGGAUCGGACGAUUGUUUGGAUGGAUUUGAGUUUACCAGCCCGCCUGUACGUAAAGUAGGGAAGGAGGGACUACUGCACUUUUAGAUAGAUUUAUUGAUCGUGACCGUAGCUGGUGAGCCGGGGGACGCAUUCCGGGGUUAUCAGUUAAUCAGGCCCGAUCUCAGUCGGAGUCGGAGAAAGAUCAUUAUCAUUACCAAUCGCGCCACGUAAAAUACACAAGCGAUCGUGUGGUGCUGCAUUAGCAUUAGAGCUACAACUACUACUUGCUACAAUAGUUUGAAUUGUUUGUUUCGUGAACCGUUUGUUUGCACAGCCCACGGUGCGCGAUCUUCUUGACCAUUUUGUGUAACAAAUGAUCGAGAUAGGUUGCAACGGUUAAAAACGGUUUUCUUUCCCAGGCCUUAUUACCAACUAUUUCAUACUACCAGCAAGCACUAUUACCAUUGACCAUUCUACCUUCCUAGCAUACCUUUACUGCAUAUUAUUACCAUUAUUAGAGCGUUUUUCGAAUUACUUGCAAUAUUGAUAAUAUUGACAUCCUGCGCCCGGGAUGGGAGGAGAAUGUUGUCUAAAGUUUUAACCCUAAACCACACAACAGUUAGAGGUGAUUAAUUUAUUCCAAUAGGUUGUUUCGUGCUUAGGAGAGUGUUCCUUAGAGUAGUUGUGUGUUUGUGUGGUGUGACAAGUUUUUCUUUCCCCAGAAUAGGAAUUGUUUGUGCGUUUCGUUAGCAGCAUUGACCGAACGUUUGGUUGAGAUUUGAUGGGGGGAUGAAGGCAUUGGCCACCGUUUGGUAAAACCACACAUCCAUGCCACGUGUUUCGGUCUGCGUAUUGUUAGGUUUUUGCAAAGCAAAUUUAAGAAAAUAGUAGCAAUGAGCGAUAGUGAGAGAGAGAGAGAGAGACAGAGGAAGUUAACAGAGUUAAGCAUUACUACAUAACCAUAAACAGAAGCAUUAUAGGGCCACUACCACCAACUACUGAUAGGAGCCAUCUCGAGAGGGGUGGGGCGGUGGGGGCACCGAUCACCUUCUUGUUUCGUUAGGAGAACAGUCCCUUGUUAUACCCGAUCAUUCCUGUUUCACCCUUGUGCGAGGACGCAACUCUUUAGCAAAGCGUCCAUCGACCACUCAGUUAGCCCACGUGGAGAAGAGACGCGUACACCAACAACAACAACAACCAAAACAACAACAACACAGUUGCAGGAAGAACAGUUGUUUCGUUUCGUUCUUUACACCCAAUUUGUACAUUUAAUUAAGCAAAACUGACACCAGGCGACGACACGGACACGCAGCUGGCCCUGGACGCCUGGAACGGUUCGAACGGUGCACGAUCGUCGCUUUGUGUGUAACGGAAGCGACGGAUAAUUCCGGAGCUUCCAGGUGCACCUGAGGAUCCGAGGAUCCUGCAUCGAACGAAGCCAGAUCGAAGGCGGCCUCUGUCACCGUGGUCGUCGCCUUUGCGUCACCAUUGGAACACAACACUCGCCAUACGUGUACAUACUUGUAAAGCAAACGGGGUCGUCGUCCCAAGAUCACCUUGCAGUAGGAGACAUUACAAGGAUGAUUUUUAGAAGAGAAAGAGAGAGAGAGAGAACCCCUAUUUGCACAAUUUAAAAAGCCUGCAUAAAGUGUGUGUUUGAGAGUGUGUGCGCGUUGAACUUUGACAAUGAUAAAAUACCUGAUUGAAAUACUGAGAGGAACUGCAGCAUGUACCAUCGCUCGAUCGCUCGAUCGCUCCAUACACAACUCUCCCUUGGUAGUGUUGGAAAUGCAGUGUAGUAGAAGAGAGAAGCGCUUCAUCGUUUCAACAUCCCAAACUGGCAUAUUAGUCAGCGUUAGCGAGAAGGGAUACACUUGUAAAACGCUGUAGUAGGGAGGAUCUUCGACGAAGAAGUCAUUAGAAAUCUAAAUUAACACACUAGAGCGCGAGUCUGGCGAACAUGCUCCCUUUUUUGUAAAUAGUGAACCAUUAUAUAUGAAUCGAAUGAGAAACAAAUAAUAAACAUUAUAUAAAAAAAAUCUACAAUAAUAAUCCUAUUGACAAAAUCUACCAAGAUUGUGUGUGUGUAUGUGCAUUUUUCGUGCUUGCUUUGCAGUUCUGCAUUUGCACCUUCAUCAUAUCGACAUCGUCGUCAGCCAUGCAUAACGCCAGCCCGUUGUUUGGGCGCUGGGGGUAGCUUAGCAACCCGGCUAACACCAAGCCUAGACGUACCAGCCGAACGCAGCAGGACCUGCAAUCCACUUCAGUACACUGAUGACUGCACAGGAGGAUGCGAGAACACGACGACGAGUGCUUCACGGAGGACGAAAGCGUAGCCGAGCUCGGCUCGCUCAGCGCAAUGAGGUCGGGCUUUAAGGCACUGUACGACGAGCUCGAUAGGCUUGGUGAACAGGCCACGCUUACAGUGGAGUCGAUCGAGCAGGAACGGGCCAGCGAGAAGGAUCUGCUCAACAAGGAAGACAUCGCCGAUUUGAUAAGGUACGCGCGUACAUUUAUCCGUGAAACGAGAAAAACCUUCGCAACGGUCGAUGAGCACGGUGUGCAGUGUGGGCCGGAAAGGCGCUCCAACAAGAAGGUUUCAACGCCGAAAGCUUGGAAGCAACCGAUUGUGGUUGAAAGGACGGUAGAGCGGGAGGUACUUACGGUGUGUGAGAACCGGCGUCGAAGUGCUGUUACGGUGAUUCAACAAACCGUCCCGAGGGAUGAUGCCGGAGCCUUGUCCGAUGAUCCGGAAGUGGGCCGUGUUACGAUGUCAACAGCGGGCGAAAGAAGCAUUCAAACUGAACCGCUGAACAACACUGUUGCCGUGGAAACGCUGCCCGAGGUACGUAGUAUAGGGACCAAUGUGAACUUUGUUUCACCGCGUGCAAAGCGAACCAAUGUGCUGGGUGCUGGGGGUGGUGGUGGUGGUACACCGUCCGUCCGAUCUGCUGCUACCCGGUCGGCAAAGUGUCCCAUCGCACCUGAGCAUCGUGUACGGGGUGCUAUUAAAACACGGCCUCCUCCUCCUGCUACAGUGCCAGCUGCAACGGCUAGCAGGAAGCCUUUGGGUAGGCCAACGUUCUCUGAUGGGCAGUUCAAGCUCCUGUUUGACCGGUUUAUACAGAUGCAGUCGGAAAAGUAUCCCGAUGCGGCGAAGGAUCAUACAGCACAUCUCGAGAACGUUGUCACUGAGCAGGUGGAACAAGCGAAACCACCUCCUCAAGAACCGGAUAGUGUUGAGCCGGCUCUGGUGAAGGUAAACGGAGGAGAAGAAAGUUCCACAAUUCCAGAAAAAGAUAAUAAUCACAAUGAAGCAGUAGAGAAAUCAACGACUGAAGAAAAAGCACCGGAUACAGAUGAAAACGCGGGAGAAUCGCUUGGAUUUACAAGCCACAUCCUGCCGAGCUUGUCUAUCAAGGGACGUUGGGAUGCAAAUCUGAAGGUACAGCAAACGGGGAGCAUCGCCAUCUUUGAUCCAAGGGAUACGUCUUGUGAAAAACUGCAAAAUGAUAACGUGAAGUACGUUGAGUUGAAUCAGGCACUUCCGGUGAAACACUUAAACACAGACAUUCGGAAUGGAGCAGCUGAGGAUAUUAAGCAGGAUUUAGAAACUGAAAUUGCGCCCAAGCUGUUUAAAUUGCGCGUAGAAGUUGCAGAUAAACCGGACGCACACUCAAACAGUGAAUCAGAGAAUACGGCAACGGAAGUAACAAGCUCUGGAGAGGAAGCUGGCGGUGGGCUGCCUAUGAUACGUAUCCCUAGAUCUGUCUGAAGCACAAGGAAUUUUCUACCAAGAAGCGUCCCGAGGUGUCGCUUGACAUUUUUGAUGAAGAUUCUAGCUGCUCCAGUACGGAAGAUGAUCUUGAAGAGGACGAUAUACGAGUGCUUUUGAAUUGGAAAGAUGAUCGCUCCAGUGAAACAUCACACUCGGUAUCUCGGGAAGCGGUGCGUGAAAAGACACUCCCCACCAGCGUACAGUGUCAGCGAAGUUUGCUGGAAGUCUCGAGCAUUCCUGCACUUCGGAGUCCGGCGGAGUUAAGCCGGGCAGCGGUCGACGGUACCUCCGAAUCCGAUCAUGAUCCGACCUUCAGCGGACAGUCUUCGAGCAGGUUUCUGGAUAACUUGCGCAUCUGGAAGUCGGCCGUGGACAUACAGUCAAGGAAUAUGAAAAUGAGCAACGAACUGGCAGAAGAUCUCGCAGCUCUCAAGGACAAUUUGCAGAAGAUUGCAGAAGAAAGCGCAAAGGUAGUGAAAAUUGCUCAGAAUGUUAAAAGCAGCGCCUCGAAGGUGGUGGAUGAGUCCUACCCGGCUCAGUGUGUUCCGAUGCGUCCAGCAUCAUCAGCAUCAUCCGCCCGGAGGUCCAAAUCGUGUGAAUGUUUCGGAUGUCAGCACACCUUCGAGGAGCGACCGGCAUCAUCACGUCCCGCCUUCUCGUCCCCGCCGUACGAUUACAAGAAAUUUCAGCGUACCGUAUUCGAAAGCAAUCCACGCUAUGCAAAAACGAUUCGUAAGAUCUGUGAAUUUGGUGGUCGUGAAAGAACACUGUCGGCGGCCCGUCCAGAGCGAGAUGAAAGCGUGAAAAAAGCAGCGCAGAAAUUUUUACAAUCACUGCAAGCAAACACAAUAACGGAAAAGAGUUGUUGCAGUUCGCGAUCGUCUCCCUCAAAAAGCGUAUCGAGCAGAUCGGACGGUUUGCUGGGUACGGUUGACUACGGCGGUCCGGUUAUUUCUGAAAAUGAGUAUGAUACAGAUUCGGAGGUGGCUUCGGUUUGUUCUUCUUCUACGUGUGACACGCCAUUUAGCGGCGAUACGAAAAGCAACGGAUCUUCUGCCGGCCAGAUUGGUACCAGCGAGGGAACGGAUUUGUCCUCGUUGACGUCCAAUUUCCAUGCUCAGUGUGAUCUGGGUGAAGUGUUGAGUCCUGGUGAAAUAAAGUAAAAUAUUUGUACGCUGUUUUUAUUCAUGGAAGCAUUUUUGGGACAACAAUUUUAAAGCAAAUAAAACGACUGAACAACGCUUUUUAAAUUA